AUUUACUUAUUUAUUUCUUAGGGUCCAGAAAAACAUCACAAUGUUCAGAGUCCAUGCGGUUAUGGCAACAGUACAACAGAAUGCAGUAUUAAGGAUGUUUCCAUGUGUCAGAAUAUCCAAGAACCUGGCAUGUUGUCGCCGCGCUGUGGGUGGAGUUCGUUGGAAAAGCAGCCACAGACUCGCCCCCCUAUUGACAGCGUCGCCUGUUCGUGCCCUCAUUGAUGAAAAGAUCAGUAUUAAAGGAAGUUUCCUGCCCCCACACUGUGCUGUCACCCUGUGUGCCCGAAUGCACUGUGAGGAUGGUGACCUGUGGGAGUCAUUUGCCCAUUUUAACACAAAGGCAGAUGGCACCUUCCACUUGACCAGGGAUGAUUCAGUUGGGGGUUCAUAUUUGGGCUGUGACCCAAUGGGACUGUUCUGGGGUCUGCAGCCAGCUCCCGGAGAAAGAGAAGGAUUAAGGCUGAGGAAAAAAAGCGUAGAGACUCCAUACGUGGUGCGUAUGUCCUUGAUGGAGGGCCACGUUUCCCCCCGUGAGGAUCAGAGCAAAGAACUGGCUGCAUUAACCACUGAGCGCUGGUAUAUGGCACCGGGAGUAAGGAGAAUAGACAUUCGGCAGAAUGGAAUAGUAGGAACAUUGUUUUUACCGCCCGGCCCAGGACCAUUUCCCGCCAUGUUGGACCUUUGGGGAAUGGGUGGAGGACUGGUGGAGUAUCGCUCUGCCCUGUUUGCAUCCAGGGGCUAUGCUAGCUUGUCCCUCGCCUACUUUGGGCACAAAGACUUGCCAGGUCCUCAGAACCAAAUUCAUGCCAGUGAUUCUUAUUCCAAGACUGCUUUCCAACUACUUCAAGAUCACCAUCAGGUCUGUGCCAACAGGGUUGGGAUCAUUGGCACCUCCUUUGGAGUCUAUCUCACUCUUCAACUUGCUACUCAGACCGGUGUCAAACCAUCUUGUUUGAUUUGUAUCAAUGGCCCAGUAGGAAAUGGCUUCAUGGAUGGAAACCUACUAAGGUAAGUGGUAAUUAAAGAUGAUAAUUAUUAUAUUGUACUAUUUGUUUGUCUUAAAGAUUAGCAAAAUGUUGUUUAAUAACUUAAUAAUGUAUCCUAACAAUUGAUUUUAUUGUAAAACAUUUUUUUUUUUGCUUUGUUGACUUGUUCUUUAAGUUCAGAGAAUUAUUGGAGUUGUGAUGAUCAAGGCUAUGUCAGUUUUAAAAUCUUCUCCUUGCCCGAAAACAUGAUCCCUGAGAGCAAAGUCAAGGUGAUGUGAAAGACAGCCUCUUAUGCCACUGAAGGCACCACAACGCAAAGACUGUACACACACACACACACACACACACACACACACACACACACACACACACAAACAUAUCCAUAGUUCUGUGUCAGUGAGAGACAUUUGGUUUUGCAGAUAGAAGAUGUGGCCUGUCCCUUGAUGUACAUAGAGGGUAUGGAUGACCUGAACUCUUCAAGCAAAGAGAACGUAGACCUGAUUGAGGAGACCCUGAACACUGUGGGUAAAUCCCAUCUAUUCACCCGCCUGUCAUACCCCGGUGCUGGUCACCUGAUUGAACCUCCUUAUGCACCAAAUGCAAGAAUAUCGAUGUGGAGGGUCAAACCAAAUAAAGUGUUUGUUCAGUGGGGAGGUCACCCUGCACCCCACGCUGCUGCACAAGCAGAUUCCUGGAAGAAGAUUCUGGAUUUUGUGGAAAAACAUCUGAGAUAGAAAAACAUCCUAAAUGGGAAAUUCUGCAUUUCUAUGAGAAAACAGCAAAAAAACACACUAACUCUUUUGUCUCACAAGGGGGUGCUGUUUGCUCUCUGUUACCCUGUAGCACUGUGGCAGCUGAAUGGUUGAUCUGGUUAACCACUUCCCCCUGUUUCCUGUUUGUCUCCUAGCUUUUAAGACUCUAAUAACACCUCAAAAUACCUCCCAAACAUAAGCUGUAAAAUUGAAAAGAAAGGGAGCGAGAGAGAGAUUGAGUUGUGACAAUCAAAAUAUUGAUAUAAUCUGAGAAAAAACUUUUAAAUACGAUUUAAGUGCUAUGAUUAUUUGCCCUUGCUUGUACCUAUCAGAUCCGUCUCGUGUCCGUAGGUGUUAAAUGAACUGUGCUGAACUGCUGAUUCAGAGGUGCAGGUAUUCUGUGGGUGUCUGUCCUUGCAGGUUCCAUUUGUUUAAAUGACAUUGUGUACUUGUAGUUAAUGCAGAAACAUUGUAAAACACUCUAUGGUUACUUUAUUGGGAUCACCUUUACUAGUAUAUGUUUCUUUUCACAUUUACAUGUCAACAAUCUAAUAAAGAUCCAUUGCUAAAGUU